AUGCUAGGAGUGCCGAUUUUUCGAAGCAUUGGAAAAUUAAUUUCCGGUGGAGACGAGGAGGAAGAUUUGACAAAGGUCACUUCUGUCGCCGCGUGCUCCCUUAAAUCACUCUACAGUGAUCGGCGGGUGCACAGAGCCGCAGGAUGCCGAGUUAAUGCGCCCGUGCAACUUCUUGAAGACUUCCUCAUGCCAGAAAGUCAAAGGAUUGAAGGAAAGCAAAACAGUCUCAAGAGUUCAAAUUCGGCGGAAUAUUCCAGUGGUGAAGAAACAACUCAGGGCACGCGUUCUACCGGGCGCCUACCCAAAGCACGAGACAAGGGCGCCAUUAAAUUCGCCGAUCUCCUCCGUGACUUUGUAACCACAAAAGGGCAGCCGUUAAGAGAACUCGCUCUGGUCACUACUCGACCUCCACGCCGGUCUGCCCGAAUUCGCUAUAUGGAACCACUCCCAAUCCCGGCGAAGCUGAACCUCUUUGACAAAACACCACUCGAAGAACCAGCGGCUGCGGACGAUUCCUACAACAACGAAGUCUUCAAGGAAAUUGAGGCGCUGGAAGCCUCCGCUUAUCGUGCUAAGUCGACGCAUAAUAAGUUCGAAGAGCUCAUCCAGUGGACUCUGGAUGGAAAACUUUGGCGAUAUCCCAUUGACAAUGAGCAAGACUGGAGUGAAGAGCUUGAUACACCUUUCCACGAGCACAUCUUUCUAAAUCGGUUUGCCAGAAGCCAGGUCAAAGCGAAGAAUCCUGCUCCGCUGGAGGCCUUCAUGGAACUGGUGUGUGCCGGUCUAGGCCAGAAUCCUUACCUUAGCAUUAAGGAGAAGAGAGACCACAUAGCCUGGUUUAAGGGAUACUUUGCCAACAAAAUGAAGGACAUCGAAUCCGCCGUCGAAGAGGAGAGGCGCACCGCCCAAGCCGAGUCAGAGACCCGGGGGACGAAGUCUUGCUUGUAA